CCUUCCUUAAUGGUGGCAAAAGUUUCCAAAAGGUAAUUGCCGGAACACCCUGUAUACUGUGUUGCAUGCUAUCUUUGCAAAGGAUGACUCUGACUAAAAACACACCAUUAAAUGAACACAUUUAACUCUGCAAAGUAUAAUUGAUAUUUUAGAACAGAAUUAUUGUGGAAGAAAAGGAAGCGAGAUCUCAUCAAACAAUGGUGAGCCAUCACAGUCGGCAUCAUCAUCACACCAUGCAGGAGUCACCACCCGACCCCCUGACCACAACAGUUGUUCCAUCCACGGAACUGCCCAAGCCUACUCACUAUAUUUGCAAAGUUGUGACUGCAUCAAUAGUUUUGACUGUGAUCUUGUUUACUUUCCCAUUAUUAGUCUCUGUCCUCUUCCCGAGCUGUCGAGAACCAAACUGCUUCGACAUCAUAUCAGAAAUGUCAACCUCGAUUGACCCUUCCAUCAAUCCUUGCGACAACUUCUACAAGUACGUCUGCUCUGGGUGGCGACAAAAUUAUCCCACGGAUGUCCAUAACUUGGGUCUGCUACGCAGAAGAAUCCAUCACUCGUUGUUCCAGACGCUGACGUAUUACGAGACCGCCAAUGCGUCUGAUGCGGUAGAUAUUGCGGCAACGUACUUUCAGUCGUGCACGCGAGUUGCCCUUAAGGGUGACAAACCCGGGACCGAAACGCUCCGGCGCUUCCUGGAUCACAUCGGAGUUCCCUGGCCAUCCGUUCGUUCCGCGUGGAGAGCCGGAGCUCUGGAACUCUUGGUGAAGCUCUCGCUCGACUGGGGCAUUGCGGUAGUCUUUGAUCUCUCCAUCGUUCCAAACUUCAAGACGAACAAAGGCGCCAUCUUGCACCUCGAAGAAAGUAUGGUACUCUACGAAUGGAUCAUCGAGAGAACGAGGCUGGGGGGAUUUGAGGCCGUCGGUGCUUACAUAAAAGAACUUGCCCAGAUCCUGGGAGAUCCCCGUGUUGACUACGCCUCGUUUGCCGAGAAGCUGGCCCUGGUAGACCUGGACAUACUCUCCAUGGCGCUCGAGAACAAGUUCCAGAUCUCCGCAAGAUCUCCGAGCUACGUCAAGUUCGGCGAACUGCAUACUUUCACUGGGCCGCUCAUUCAAGCGCACAGGUGGAUCGUGACGAUCAACAGGCACCUUCCAGAAGACCGCCCCAUAAGCUCCGACGACUCCAUUUUUGUCUCCGACACGAACGUGUUCACUAGGAUUGAAUCGCUCCUGGCUCAUUAUCUCAUCAACGACAGAGCGUCGAUCAUCGUGAUGUACAUAGUGUUCCACGUGAUACGGCAACUGGCGCCAUACACGUCCCUCCGUUUGGCCUCGCUCCCCUACGCACUGACCUCUAGUGCGCACAGCAGGAGCAGACUAUACCAGGUGUUCCUCUUGCAGUGCUACUCGUCCGUCACCGAGCACAUGGGCCACGCCAUCGCGUGGAUGUUCGUCGAAAAGUGGGUCGCGGAGAAGACUCGCCUCAAGGUUGCCGGCCUGGCCGCCUCCAUCCGCGACGUCACCCACCGAUCUUUCGAAGACGUCGACUGGAUGGAUGGGGAGACUCGACAGCAGGCGCUGAGGAAGAUAACGAUGCUUAGGGAGAUAAUCGGGCUACCCGAACACCUGGUCAGCAGAGGUGCGGUGAACAGGUUCUACCGGUACGUUCCGUCCCAUCGAGAACCUUUCCUCGCCACGCUCCUGGACGUCAAGAGAGCCGAAAUGAACCGCCUCAAAGAUGCUUUUGCCACGGAGAGAAAAAUGCGCAGAGAAGACAUCCCGGUCUCACUCGUCGCCGCCAACGCGUACUACGUGUCCGUGUACCACAUCAUUGUUAUCCCGGCGGGCCUCAUGUUUUCUCCGUUCUACGUUAUCGGCGGAAGAGAUUCCCUCAACUACGGCGGGCUCGGACACAUCGUCGGACACGAGAUCAUGCACGUCUUCGACCCUGAACACGGACUCCUGGACGAGACUGGACUGAUCGUCGACUGGUAUUCGGACUACUCGAAAGCCAAGUUUCACGAAAACACUGAGUGCCUGAAGCAGAUGUAUAAUAACGCGUCUGGCAACAACGAGACUACGCUCGGAGAGAGCGCGCUCUCGGAAAAUUUUGCGGACUGCGCGGGGCUGCUUCAAGCGUACAGGACGUUCCGGGAGGCCUUGGCCAAGCCCCUCGAUCCGGCCACCAUGGCGCUUUCUUCGGGGACCAUAAAGGUGUUCAGCGAGGAGCAGCUCUUUUUCCUCAGCAGCUGCUAUAAAUGGUGCGGAUGGGAUGGAUUCAGCAGCCCCAAUUAUUCUCCCUUGUCUCUCAGGUGCAACGUCCCGCUCAUGAACAUGCCGGAGUUCUCCGAAGCGUUUCACUGUGCGCCUGGGAGCGUGAUGAACCCGAGCCUCAAGUGCACCACCAUAUUCUGAUGGACAGAUUGUUACGUCAAUCUCUUUGAAUUUAUUUUGAUGUCUUACUGUACAGCAACCAAUGACGAUGGGUACAUUUUACGCGGUGUUACGGCAAUACAAAAUAAAUUAGAAAUGGCUCGCCAUAAAACGGUAAUAAAAAGAGUGCA